GGGUUCAAGAAAAGUCUCAAAGCAUCAAGCUUCGAAAUUUAAAUCUUAAAAAACAAAAAGAAAAUCCGUGGGUAAUUGGGUAGCACCACCCGGCAAAGAAAAUGUCAGUGGCAUCUUCAAUCCCAUGCAUCAAAAUCCCUUCUUCUUCUCCCUCAACUGCUUCUUCUUCUUCCUCUGCACCAUCCUAUUCCCUUCGAUUUUCCUCCUCCUCUUCCUCCAGGUAUUAUAGUUUCACUAUAAAGAAUUCUCAGACCGAAGGGCCUCUGAGAAGACCGGUGUCUCCUCCUUUAAGGGAACCCCUGAAACCCACCCCUCCGUCUCCACCGUCGCCUCCGUCGCCUGUGGCGCCUCCUCCUCCUCAGCAGAAUGUGGCUGCUGUCGUUGCGGACGAUAAGAAUGUUGUUACGUUAGAGUUUCAGAGGCAGAAGGCGAAGGAGCUUCAGGAAUACUUCAAACAGAAGAAGCUGGAAGAAGCAGAUCAGGGUCCCGCUUUUGGGUUCGUCGGGAAAAAUGAAAUCAACAACGGAAGAUGGGCCAUGUUUGGUUUUGCUGUUGGGAUGCUAACAGAGUAUGCGACAGGUUCAGACUUUGUUGACCAAGUUAAGAUCCUUCUUUCGAACUUUGGGAUAGUUGAUUUGGAAUGAGCAAUUUUAAUGUUCCGCGUUGUUUAUAGCUUUGACCCUUACUCGUAAGUAUAUUUUGCGUAAUCUGUUACUUUCAUUUAUAGCCAGCAACCAAGUUGCAUGAAAUAACAACAUUGAGGAUUUUCUUCUUUCAUUAUGUUCCACUCUUUGCUCUUAGCUAGAUGGACAGAUACAUAGCAUUUGAUGAGCAAAAUAGAUACUUUCUGUUCAUGGAAAUAGUCUGCUUCCACAGAAAAAUGGGAUUGUUCAGACGUUCUAUCAUUCAUAAUCACAUUUAUCUAUUUCUUUC